AAGAAAAAAGAAAAACAACCAGAUAGAGAAAAGGUGAUUCCAUUCCCAAAAAGGGGGAGGGGAGAAGAUCAUUAUAUAGGCGAGUGUUCAUUUAAGUCAGAGUACGAGAUUUAUCCCUGAAAAUCACAGUGGAGGGAUCAAGCGGGGUGCUGGAGCGGGCCAGGCGGGUGGGAGCUGCCAGCCUGGGCGUGGCCUGGGCACGAGCUGGCUGCAGGAACCUGCCUUCCGGAGUCCCAGGCUGAGGAGACAUGGCUGCCCCCCGCGAGGACACUGAGAUCCAGAAGGACGUGCAGACCUACUACGGGCAGGUGCUGAAGAAAUCGGCAGACCUCCGGACCAAUGCCUGUGUCACCACAGCCAGGCCGGUCCCCAAGCACAUCCGGGAAGCCUUGCAAAAUGUACACGAAGAAGUAGCCCUAAGGUAUUAUGGCUGUGGUCUGGUGAUCCCCGAGCAUCUAGAAAACUGCUGGAUUUUGGAUCUGGGUAGUGGAAGUGGCAGAGAUUGCUAUGUACUUAGCCAGCUGGUUGGUGAAAAAGGACAUGUGACUGGAAUAGACAUGACUAAAGGUCAGGUGGAAGUGGCUGAAAAGUACCUUGACUAUCACAUGGAAAAAUAUGGCUUCCAGUCAUCUAAUGUGUCUUUUAUUCAUGGCUACAUCGAGAAGUUGGGACAGGCUGGAAUCAAGAAUGAGAGCUAUGAUAUUGUUGUAUCAAACUGUGUUAUUAACCUUGUGCCUGAUAAACAACAAGUGCUGCAGGAGGCAUAUCGGGUGCUGAAGUAUGGUGGGGAGUUAUAUUUCAGUGACGUCUAUGUGAACCUUGAACUGCCAGAAGAAAUCAGGACACACAGAGUUUUAUGGGGCGAGUGUCUGGGUGGUGCUUUGUACUGGAAGGAACUUGCUAUCCUUGCUCAAAAAAUUGGGUUCUGCCCUCCACGUUUGGUCACUGCCAAUCUCAUUUCAAUUCAAAACAAGGAACUGGAAAGAGUUAUCGGUGACUGUCGUUUUGUUUCUGCAACAUUUCGCCUCUUCAAAUGCUCUAAGACAGGACCAACCAGUAGAUGCCAAGUUAUUUACAAUGGAGGAAUUACAGGACACGAAAAGGAACUCAUGUUUGAUGCAAAUUUUACAUUUAAGGAAGGUGAAAUUGUUGAAGUGGAUGAAGAAACGGCAGCUAUCUUGAAGAAUUCACGAUUUGCUCAAGAUUUUCUGAUCAGACCAAUUGGAGAGAAGUUGUCAACAUCUGGAGGCUGUUCUGCUUUAGAGUUAAAGGUUGUAAUCACAGAUCCAUUUAAGCUUGCAGAAGAGUCUGACAGUGUGAAGUCCAGAUGUGUUCCCGAUGCUGCUGGAGGCUGCUGUGGCACAAAGAAAAGCUGCUAAAUCUACAGCCAACCAGGGGACCACAGUAGUGAUUUGCAUGUUUUUUAACCUGCUUUUCCCCAUGGCAGAGACCAUAAGAAACAACUAAUGGGCUGGGCGCAGUGGCUCAUGCCUAUAAUCCCAGCACUUUGAGAGGCCGAGGCAGGCAGAUCACCUGAGGUCAGGAGUUUGAGACCAGCCUGGCCAACAUGGUGAAAUCCCAUCUCUACUAAAAGUACAAAAAAAUUAGCUUGGCAUGGUGGUGUACAUCUGUAGUCCCAACGACUUGGGAGGCUGAGGCAGGAGAAUCGCUUGAACCCAGGAAGUUGAGGCUGCAGUGAGUCAACAUUAUAUCAUUGUACUCCAACCUGGUUGACAGAGCAGAACUGUCUCAAAAG